AUGUGUCAGGCAAACCAUGCUGUUCACGUGCACUUCAUAUGCCGACUCAAUUGUUGCAAAUAUGCCGACACGUCUAUGAGCACACAAAAACUUGAUCUGGAGGGGGAUGGUGCCUCAGUUGGACAAAGAUGGGAAAGAUGGAAAAGAUCCUUACACAUUUACCUCGAGGCGUCUGGUAUCAAAUGCCCAAUAAAGAAAAGAGCGACUUUAUUGCUGCUAGGUGGAUCAGUUCUGCAGGAGAUCUUCUAUAAUUUGCCGGAUGCUAACGCAGAGACGAGUAGGGAAACUGAUGCUUUCGCAGUAGCAGUACGGAAGCUCGACGACUAUUUCAUACCGAAACAAAGUAAAGUUUAUGAAAGACACGUCUUUCGACUUCUUAAACAGGAAGAAGGAGAAAAAUUUGAAAAAUUUUUAGUAAGGUUAAGAACCCAAGCAGUCAAAUGCAAAUUUGAGAAGCCAGAAGAACAUUUAAUAGACCAAAUAACCGAGAAAGGUACUUCAACAGAAUUGCGGAAAAAAAUUUUGACAAUAGGAGAUGACAUCACACUGGAUAAAAUAAUUACAGAAGCUAACACACUAGAAGUCGUGAACCAUCAAUUGGAAGAGUACGAACAAAAAAUUAAGAAUCAAGACGUAAAUGUAAACGCAGUGAACAAUAAAAACAACAAGGCUCCAAACCCAGACGGACAAAAGAACCGAUUCUCGAGUAAUAAAAGAUGUGGGAGGUGCGGAAGUUAUAAACACACUUCGGAAGAUAACAACUGUCCCGCAAGAGGAAGGAAAUGUCAUGAUUGUGGGAAAUUAGGACACUUUCGCCAAUAUUGCAAGACUCAAGGGAUACGGAAACGGAAAGCGGAUGAAAUAAAGAAACAAGAUGGAGAGAAGAAAGAAAAACAAGCUCGGAAAGGAAGCGGAAUAAAUAGGGUCGAAAACGAAGAAGUUGAUUACGUUUUUAAUGUUAAUUAUAAUGCGACAGUAGAAUGCGAAGUAGGAGGUGUCAAGAUAAACAUGCUAAUUGAUUCUGGAUGUAAAUUAAACUUAAUCACAGACAAAACAUGGGAAUUCCUAAAAGAUCAGAAGGUUACAAGUUUCAACUUAAUUAAGGAACCAGACAAGACAUUACUGGCUUAUGGCAGCGAUACACCACUCAACAUCCAAGGCUCAUUCGAGACAGGAAUCAAAGUGAACAAUCGAGAAGAAACUGCAACCAUAUACGUAAUUUCAAGGGGAUCAAGAGAUUUACUAGGCAAAGACACGGCUAUUCGUCUGGGUGUUCUAAAUCUGGGCCUCAACGUGUAUCAAAUUGGAAACAGGCCUUUCUCAAAGUUUAAAGGUGUGUUAGUAGAAAUUCCCAUCGACGAAUCAGAAAAACCUGUUUCACAACCCUACCGGCGAAUACCAAUCCCGAUCGAAGAGAAAAUAAACAAAAAAAUAAAGAAAUUGCUGGACGCUGACAUAAUAGAAGAAGUAAACGAACCUUCGAAGUGGAUUUCACCAAUAGUUCCCAUACUAAAGGACAACGGAGAAUUACGUUUGUGUGUGGACAUGAGACGGGCAAACGCUGCGAUUAGGAGAGAAAAUCACCCAUUGCCAUCCAUGGACCAUCUCUUACCGAAGAUAAGGAAAGCUGCAUUUUUCACAAAAUUGGAUAUAAAAAAUGCAUUCCAUCAAGUAGAGCUACAUCCCAACUCUAGGCAUAUAACUACAUUUAUAACUUUGAAAGGAUUGUACCGAUACAAACGGUUAAUGUUUGGUAUCACUUGCGCACCCGAAUUAUUUCAGAAAAUACUGGAAAAGAUGCUGAUCAAAUGUGAAGGAGUUAUAAACUUUAUCGAUGAUAUUCUGGUCUACGGAUGUACAGAACAAGAACAUAAUUUGCGACUACAAAAAGUAUUGCAAGUAUUGGAAGAAAAUAACGUUUUACUUAACCAGGCAAAAUGCGUAUACAAAACGAGGAAGAUAAAUUUCCUAGGGCAUGAAUUAACACCAGGGGGAAUUAAACCACUGGACAAAUAUGUCAGAAGCAUCACCGAAUUCAGAACGCCGAAAACAGUCGACGAACUGCAAAGCUUCCUGGGGUUACCCAAUUAUAUAAAUAAAUGGAUUCCCAAUUUGGCUACACUAACAGAACCGUUAAAAGAACUAUUGAGGAAAAAGAUCAAGAAAAACGCUAGUAUUGAAGAAUAUUGGACUAAGAAGCAGGAAGAAGCAUUUAAAGGACUAAAGGGAACACUCAUAAACAUACAAACUCUUGGCUAUUAUGAUGUUAAGGAUAAGACACAGGUCAUCGCGGAUGCAAGCCCUGUAGGAUUAGGAGCUGUCCUUGUGCAGAUUGAUACAAACGGACCUCGAAUCAUCGCUUAUGGAAACCGAACUUUAACUGACUGCGAGCGUAAAUACAGCCAGACAGAGAAAGAGGCUCUAGCUUUGGUCUGGGCUAUCGAACAUUUUAGAGUAUUUCUUUUCGGGAAGGAAUUUGACCUGGUCACCGAUCAUAAGCCCUUAGAAGUUUUGUUUGGACCGAAAUCCCGACCAUGUGCACGUAUCGAAAGAUGGGUUCUGAGAUUACAAUCAUAUCGUUAUAACAUAAAAUACAAACCCGGAAAAACCAAUAUUGCAGAUCCACUCUCACGAUUAUGCAAAUACUCAAUCAAUCCUCAAGCCGGAAACGACAAAUACGUACACCAGAUAGUAGAAUAUGCUAGACCACAUGCAAUCCCUAUGAGCGACAUCGGCAAGCAUUCUGAAGAGGAUCCAGAAAUCUGCAGUGUAAAAAAAGGCAUCUAUAAAAAUGACUGGGACGAUGCAGUUAAGGGAUACAAGAUUUUCGAGAACGAACUUUGUUUUUACGGUAACAUACUGUUGAGAGGAAGCAAAAUAGUAAUACCUCAAACACUAAGGAAAGACGUAUUGGACGCAGCGCAUGAAGGUCACCCAGGUAUAGUGGCAAUGAAAGGACGGUUGAGAUCUAAAGUUUGGUGGCCGAGAAUAGAUAAGGAUGCGGAGAAAAUUGUGAAAAGCUGUAAAGGUUGUACUCUGGUUGGAAUGCCAAACCCACCAGUUUGCCAAACCCAAAGUUUCCCAUGA